UAUGAGGCGGGCCUUGGUGGAUGAUGGAUACGUCUGCUUUGCGCCCUAGCCAAAUCUUCGGUGUGGACUGUAGUUGAGAUUUUUGGAGGCUGAGGUAGUGGGACGUUCGCUAUUUUUUGGAGGAGAACGGAGCGCGAGUCCACAUUUGGAAAAGUCUCCUCAUACGCAUCGUUGGAAAUUAACAACAGGUUGAUUUGUCACCAUGACAACAGAAGCAGGCUCUGAGACGGAGGUGAAGGAGAAAGCUGAGGAGUCAGCCGCUGAGCCCGACCAAUCGGAGAAGGCCACGGAAGAUUCCCAGGAAGUAGCAAACGCUGAAGUAGAGGAGAAGGAAAAAGCAAAGGUGAAGGAAAAAGAGGAGAAGGAAGGCAAAGGAAUAUCUCGAUACCUGCCAACAUGGCUUAAGAAGCAGAAGUCUCAAAGCCAGACCUCCCCAACAAAGGAGGCCCCCCCUACAGAGGAACCUGUUAGCAAGGUGACACAGGAAGAGGAAGGGCCUGCCCCAGAAGUGAAUGGUCACGCUGAGGAAGUAGAAGAGAAGGAGGAAGUCAAGUCUGAGCAAGUGAAGGAAAAAGAAGCAGAAACUCAUUCCAACGCCAGUGCAGACACUGAGCCUGCCAAGGAAGAGAAGGUGGAAGAGAGUGCAGAGAAAAGUCCAGAAGAGACCAAGGAGACAGCAGAGGGAGAAGGAGCAGAGGAGGAGACGAAGGAGAAGGAGGGAGCAGUGGAGGCUGAAGAGGAGGCAGGAGAAGGCCAGACCUCCAUUUUCCAGUCUCCUCUUCGUCUAGUGAGAAAGAACAAGAUGAAGUUGGUGGUGUGUCACGUGACCCUCCUGGAUGGGACUGACUUCACCUGCGAGGUGGAGAAACGUGCCAAGGGUCAGUACUUAUUCUUUAAGGUGUGUGAGCAUCUUAAUCUACUGGAAAAAGACUACUUUGGCCUGGCAUACCAGGAUAACCAUGACCAGAAGUGUUGGUUGGACCCCACUAAAGAAAUUAAAAGACAGAUACGCAGUAACAACUGGCAGUUUGCAUUCAACGUCAAGUUCUACCCUCCUGACCCAUCCCUCCUCACUGAAGACAUUACAAGGUACCUUUUGUGUCUGCAGCUCCGUGAAGAUGUGGCUUCUGGACGGCUGCCUUGCUCAUUUGUAACUCACGCUCUGCUGGGCUCAUACACGCUGCAGGCAGAAAUUGGCGACUAUGAACCUGACCAGCCUCGCCCUCUGGACUUCAUUAGUCAGCUGACCUUCGCACCAAAUCAGAACAAAGAAAUGGAGGAGAAGAUUCUUGAGCUCUACAAGUCCCACAGGGGAAUGACACCAGCACAGGCCGACACCCAGUUUCUUGAAAAUGCCAAGAAGCUGUCCAUGUACGGCGUGGACCUGCACCACGCUAAGGAUUCAGAGGGUGUGGACAUCAUGCUUGGUGUGUGUGCCAAUGGACUCUUAGUCUAUAAAGACAGGCUUCGGAUAAAUCGCUUUGCUUGGCCCAAAAUACUCAAGAUUUCAUACAAGAGGAACAACUUCUACAUUAAAAUCAGACCAGGAGAGACGGAGCAGUUUGAGAGUACAGUGGGAUUCAAACUCCAGAAUCACCGAGCUGCCAAAAGGCUGUGGAAAGUCUGUGUGGAGAAUCACAGCUUCUUCAGGUUAAAUGCACCGGAGCCUCCUACCAAGGCCCGCUUUCUGACUCUGGGCUCAAAGUUUCGUUACAGCGGGCGAACUCAGGCCCAAACCCGCAUGGCCAGUUCCCUCAUAGACCGACCGGCGCCCAGCUUUGAACGCACGUCAUCAAAACGCAUCAGCCGCAGUUUGGAUGGAGCACCAAUGAUCAGCAUAACUGAGGCUGGCAGGGAAUCGGCUGAGAACGGACGCGAGCCUCACCUGGAGCUCCACUCUGACUCAAAGGUUACGGUGGUGGACGUAAGCCCUGGCGAUGCAGAGGCCAUGCCCUCCCAGCACUCACCUGGAUCCAGUGAACUUGGCCCCCCUCAGGACCAUGAUAAGACCCAAGAAGAGGUUCUGAAACACCAAGCUAGCAUUAGCCAGCUAAAACGCUCCUUUAUGGAAGCUCCACCUCCCUCUCCUCCUCAGCCCAACCAGUGGGAGAAACGGCUCACCUCCUCUCCUGCUACGAUACGUUUGCAACAGCAACAAGUGGUCAGUGUGCCCCAAACAGAAGCAGCUACAGCUGAUAACACGAUCUCUGAUACCAAAGAACCCGCAAAGACAACCGAGGUUGAAAUCGAGGAAACUGUUGUCGUCCAAGAGAUUUCCAGAGCUCCCAAACCUGGACUUAUCACGGUUGCAGCCAGUCCCCCUGCUGCUCCUUCUGCGGAGCAGGAAAUGAGGGAACAGGAAGUGAAAGUUCAAGAGGAAGCGGUGGUAGUUGAGGAAGCAAAGCCGAGGAAGGAAGAGAGCAUUUCAUCUGAGAGCGAGAGUGAAGAAGAAGCAGAGUACCAUCCAUAUCUCCCUGUGUCCAUCUCUCACACACAAAUACCUGAGGAGAAGGAAGAGGAAGAAGAGCAGGAGAAGCAAGAGGAAGAUAAGACGGCAGAGCUACAGGUGUUGGCUUCAGAUGCUUCUUCUCUUCCAGCUGAAGUCAUCCAGCCUGCAGAAGAAACCAGUCGAGAAGUAGAGGAGUCCAGGAAGGAGGACGACACAGAGACAGAGAAGACGACGAAUGCCGAGGAAGAGAAAGAAGUUGAGCGUGAGACUGAGGAGAGCACAGAUGAUCCGAUGGUGACGCCCGAUGAAGCUCCUAACGGCCUCACCCUGCCUGAGGAGGGUGUGACUGUAAUGGAUGCUCAAGCAGAGGAAGAGGAGGAGCCUAAAAUGAACGGAGAGCCCUCGCUGAUUGAAGCAGAGCCGCUGCCACAGGUUAUUUGUUGCUCUGAGCCGCCUGUGGUAAAGACAGAAAUGGUGACUAUAUCAGACACGUUUGCAGCCCAGAAAACCGAGAUAGCCACUAAAGAAGUGCCCAUCGUACAUACGGAAACCAAGACCAUCACAUACGAGGCGGCGCAGUUGGAUGGUAAUGGUGAUGGUGAGCCUGGGGUGUUGAUGACUGCUCAGACAAUCACCUCUGAAUCUUUGUGUACUACAACAACCACACAUAUUACCAAGACGCUAAAGGGCGGUCUAUCAGAGACGAGGAUUGAAAAACGCAUCGUCAUUACUGGAGACUGUGACAUCGACCAUGACCAGGCACUGGCCCAGGCCAUUAAGGAGGCCAAAGAGCAACAUCCUGACAUGUCUGUUACCAGAGUGGUGGUUCAUAAAGAAACUGAGCUGGCUGAGGAGGAUUGACUGAACUCAGAGCUGAAGGGCCCGUCGUGACUGUUUUUUCUCUGUCGAACGACCUUCAUCACCCUACGACGAUCGGCCUUGACUGACGGGAGAGGAGGAGGAGAAGAAGAGGAGCUUAAAGAACAGGGAGAGAAGGGUUUGACAAAUGGACCGAAGUUGCCACUCUCUUCCUUUCUUAUUGUCUGUGGUGCGAUCUAAAUCCCUCUCUGCAAAACCAAGAAAAAGAAAAAAAUUCUCUCAUUGUUUCUGAGGGAACAAAAAGAACCACUUUGUUAGCUUAACAAUUGUAGCUUCUUUUUUUUUAUAGUUGUGCUUUUUCUGUAACUGUUUUAUAAACAGAUGAUAGCAUGUCUGUCUUCUAUCACAAAGAUGAAACUAGGGAUGCACUGAUAACCAAUCUGGAUGAAACUGUAUCCUUGCAUUGAUCAUUUUGUACCAGUACCGAUGACCUUCAGCUAAAGUUUCUUACAAAAACAGCAGGCUGAGAUGCUGAAGUAGAGAAAGCUUUUUAUCAUAACAGUGAGGUUAUGCACCUGUACUUGGGUUCCGGUGCAUUGGCACAGAAAGGUAACUUGUUAAAUUACAGCUCCCCCUCUUGCUUCAUGGUGAUGUAAAUGGAGAGUAAUAUAAUAGUUUAUAAGGAGCAUGAAGGAAACAGGGUGUCACAACUUGGUCUGCUCUUUUUUUUUUCUAAUUAGUAUAACACACUCACUCCCACAUAUUCACAGGUGAAUGGUAGAAAUGUUGCACCUCACAUUAUCACUUCUACUUCCUGAUCAUUAGAGAAGAGCGGGAGCUGUAACUUUAACAUCUGCAGAUCAUCCAGGUCUUUUGGUUCUGUUAUUUCAUUUUUUUUCCUGUAUAGUUAUUAUUCAUCCACAUUCCUUGUGUGUGACUAGCAGCCGAGUCCAUUUUCAGUUCAAUUCACUUUUUUUGCUAAACUGGAAGAAGAGACUGGUUUUGAACAUUUUAAAUAGGGUCGGCGAGCUUCAGUAGUAGUUCGAAAAUGUAGGUGGAAUAAAUUCCAUCAAUUUUACAGUUUUAAAUUCUUUUUAAGCUAAACUGAAGGUGGAUUUGAACUGAAAAUGACAACUUCUGCACAGUAAAAAUGAAGGUUAUCAAUGGGAGCAGCUUUUCACUCCCCAGGCUCGUCCACUGUACGACACUAACCAUUCCCGCUGGGCCUGAGGGGGAGCGAGGGAGACAUAAACUGACUUUGGAUUGGGAGACCGGAGCUAUAAAGUGAAGGAUAAUUGGGAGAGUGCCCGAUAAGUACCAGGGAAUAAAAGAGAAUUUGAAUAAUAAUGCAUGUUUUCUUGCAUCCCACAGUGAAGUAUUUUAAUAUUCUGAAGGCUUAAUGCAUAAUGCAAAAUUAAUACUGCUAUUUAAAUUAUUCAGAAUGAGUUUUGUGCUCCAACUAGCACAGGUACCAAAAUGAGAACGACUUGAAAGCAGCUCAGACUCAAAUUAAUGCAGUCUGCUAACUCUGCCAAGGAGCCCGUUUGCCGCCGUAGUUCAGCUCAGUUCAUCGCCGGCUUCUUUUCAUACCUGCUUGAUAUGAUAGAACAUGGGAUUAAAUUCAGCAUGUCUUCACGCAGUUUUAUCUUCCAGGAGUCUCGAGUGAGUCUAGGUAGGACGCUACCACGUCGAUUGGUUUGAGAGCGUGUGGACUAUCUCUGCUCAUACAGCGCGUCGGGCUGCUUUGUAACUGUUUAACUACAGCUAAACGUUUCUCUGCAUGUUUUUUUUGUUUUUUUUGGUUACAUUUCAUUCAGCCGAUUUCCACAUUGUUCACCACAAAAAAACGCAACGCUCUGAAUCUGUCACCACACUUCAAACUGAGGCAAAAAAAAAAAAAUUACAACGCACCAGCCAAAAUGCAGCUUAAAGGGAAGUGUAUCAGCGGGUUUGAAGUGCUCUUGAAACCCCCGAAAUGGAAACUCAUUAUGUUUUAUUCAUUUUCUGUCCUUUUACUCUGCAAAAAAAAAAAAAAGAAAGUGAACUAAAUUGUAGCUUUGUGUAAAUAUUGGGGGCAUUAAAUGUGCUAGGUGCUUGGUCUAAUGCAUUUACUUUGACACAGAUUUUUAGCAUAAGCAGCAAAAAGGCAAAGUCAUGUUCUCCUGAAAUUUAGCUGAUUGUAAGUGAAGAAGUGCCACUGAUUUAUUAUUACAAACAUUCCACCUUAGACUGGUCUGGAUUAAUCUACGUCUCCAAUCUUUGACUGGACGUGUUUUAAAUGGGAGACAAAAGGAUAUUUUAUUUCAUUUUUAGAAAUAAAAAAGGAAAAAACUGCUAAUCAGCUUUUUAACUUGAUGAGUAAUCACUGCCCAAUUUGACCCAUUUUAAAACUUUUGUAGUUAAGCGUGCUCAUCAGACUGAGAGCUGAAGCUUUUUUAAAAUCGGGAAACGCAGGUCUGAGCUCUACUAUGCAGUUAAAUGACAUUCCACGAGGGGGAAGCUUUAACCUCGAACCCUCUUGUAAAGAGACAAAGCAGCAGAAAAGCAUUUUUUUUUUUCUUUAUAAAAAUGUAAACCGUGCAACACUAGGCAGCUUUGGAAGCUUUUGAUGUUCCAAAAAAACAAACAAACAGAAAAAAAGCCUUUGGUAAUAUCACAGUGACCACAUUUGUAGAUUUUUCUUUUUCAUAAUUUCUCGUUUUUUCUCUGUAAUCUAGUUGUUUAAAGGUGGGAUUUCUUGUUCCCCCUCCAUCUUGCAUAUUUGUAAAAUUGUUGCAGUGUUGUUGUUUUUUUUUGAAAACCACUACAAAUGAAAAUUUCUGCCACUGUUUUCCUUUUUGUACGUUUAGCCCCAGCUUUAACCGCUUUUCCGGGUUCUUCUGGGCUCUCUUAACCAAUCACAUGAGCUUUGAGGCUGCGGAAUCGGAUUUUCCCAAAUGCGUCAUGUUACGCUAGGUUACACCAAGAAAAGUUUUACCAACCUCUACGCCUGUGAAUCCACAUCAGAGAGCAUUAAAUCCACAUGGUGUUAUAGCAGAUUAUAAUUGGAGGAUCCUCUGAACACUUAAAUCUCAGGCUUUGUUUCACACUCUGGAGAAACGGGAAACCAGCACAGUUUUUAUAUUUUAUUAAUAAAAUAAAACUCACACAUACAAUGGAAACCUUAAAGAAACUCAUUUUGGAAAACCUACCAGCUGCCUCAUUGCUCUCUGUUAGCUAACCAGUGAUCACCAGUAGGGUUUUUCUGUCUAGCAGCUUAAAUGUCUUGUAUCUCCCCCCACACAGCCACUCCUCCCCCCCUGUGUAACACUGUUUAAAUAAAGGAUUGUUAUACUCG